AUGAAGUUAUAUUCUGAUCUUUCAAAAUCUUUUGUAGAAUUUCUUACGAAUGUUUCUACAUCAUCAGAUACAGAGAGAGAGAUUGAGUUUGUAUCCGAACACAAACUGGAACCUAAGUUUGUAUCCGAAUAUGAGCCGGAACCUGAGUUUUUAUCCGAAUAUGAACCAGAACCUGAACCUAUACUCGAACAUGAACCAGAACCAGAGCAUAUAUCAGAAUCUAAGCUCAUGUCAGAGCAGGAAGUGGAACCGGAACCUACAUUGAAAUCCGAAUAUGAAUCAGAACCAGAGCUUUUAUCAGAACCUGAACCAUUCAAGUUGUGGCUAGAAAACGAAAUUCCUUCAUGCGAACCAACACCAGUGGCUCGUGAUGUAGAGCCUGUAGCAGAACCAGGAUUGCAUUUAUUGAAAAUGUUUAAAGAAUUAGAAAUCCCAUAUGUAAUCAAAAUACCGAUGAUUACUAUAUCCGAAUCGACGCCUCCCCUUAAUUCACCGCCAGAAACACCUGAAAUUUUAGAUGGAACAGAAGAACCGAAAUCAGAACCCGGCACAUCGGUUGAACGAGUACGUUAA